AUGGAAGACAGCAAAAAUGAUCAAGAUUCCCUCAUCAUGAUGAAGCUGAUCCUGUCUCUCACUCUCAUCUGGACUCUCUCGAGCACAGCUGAAGCUCUUCAGUGUUGGCAGAGUGAAGGAGAUUCAAGAUGGGAGUUACGUCCAUGUGACUCUACGGAUCUGUGUGCAAGUGUUGCUGCACAAGGAUAUGUGAAUCAAAAUCUCCAACAGAUCACCAACAGGUUGUGUUUGCCAUCCUCUCUUUUCAGUGAAGGAAAGCACACAUAUUCAUACAAUGUUGGUUUUGAAACUAUGACUGUAUCUGUUCAUGUGUGUAACACAGAUGGCUGCAACAGUGAAGACAUACCUUUCCCUGAUGUUCAGAAGAAAAACAACCUGAAAUGUUUCACCUCCGAUGAUCCAUCUUCUGCUGAGUGUAACCAGACAGUACAGUGUGAAGGAGUGCAGGACCGCUGCUUUAGUGGAACUGCAGAAGAUAUCAGAGGCACAUUUCAUACCUUUGGAUGUGUCUCUGCCAACCUCUGUGAAAUUCUUUCUCACUUGGAGCUCCCUUUUCCAUAUGUUGAAUUCCUUCGUGCACCAACAUGUUGUGGAAGCAGCUUCUGUAACUCAGCUUGAUCUGUCAAACUGAAUAUGAUCACUUUGCUGUUUGGACUCAUUAUCCGUAUCUUCUAUUAGAACAAAGAUAAACUAACAGAAUAGUCACACACACAGAGUGCUUAAAAUAUUUUAUUUAUGUUGAUUUAGACGUUUUACACAGACUGAAUCAUUGACAUUUAAAUGUUUUGAUUAAUCUGACAUGCUCCUUUAGGAUUUUGAAUGCAUCAACUGUAAUGCCUCUAAAUCCAUUAAUUUAAAUAUGCAGAGGACACAAAUCUGUUCAGUUGAUACACUUGAGAUUGUUUAAAUUGAUUUAGUCAAAUUUCGAACAGCAGCUCUAAUUGUCUCCUCAUUAC